UCUUAAUGCUCCCACCCACUUCUAGCUCCCGAGCGAGCUGUUCCUCCUCUCUGGGCAGAGAGAGAAAAUGAGUGGGACGCUGUUGCUUUUAGUUGUCAAAGGAUUUAAAAGGCUUUUGCAUUUCAGUGCGGCGUGAAGACUGAGGCAAACACGACUGCAAUAAAGAUAGUUUAUAUAAAGAAAGCUGCUGUUCGACCUGCCGUGGAAGAUAAUUCCGGACUGCUGAAUGAAAAACAGCUUUACACAGUUUCAGCUGUUUUUUUUUUUUUUUUGUAAUAAAUAUAUAUCUGUGUAUUUUUUAAAAAUGUUGCUCUUAGUAAAGGAGACCCUCCAUUGACUCUGCUGGCUGAUGACUGUCGGAUGCGUUCUGUUUGCUGCAUGUUUAGAAGAUGGCAACUGCACUUAGUGGACGAAACCCCGGGGGACGUGGGCCAAACCCCCGAAAAGGAAUGAUUUCGGGCUUAUUUGAUGCCAUUCAGGACGCCGUGGGUCCACCAAAACAAGCGGUGGCUGACCGCCGCACCGUAGAAAAGACAUGGAAGCUCAUGGAUAAAGUGGUGAGACUCUGCCAAAACCCCAAGUUGCAGCUGAAAAACAGCCCCCCUUACAUUCUGGAUAUCCUACCAGACACCUACCAGCACCUGCGGCUCAUACUGUGCAAGUAUGAAGAGAAUCAGAGACUGACUCAGUUAAGCGAGAACGAGUACUUUAAAAUAUACAUCGACAGCUUGAUAAAGAAAUCCAAAAGGGCUAUUCGACUCUUUAAAGAGGGCAAGGAGAGGAUGUACGAGGAGCAGUCACAGGACAGGCGGAAUCUUACUAAGCUGUCGCUCAUCUUCAGUCACAUGCUUGCAGAAAUCAAGGCGAUCUUUCCUGCUGGCCAUUUUCAAGGCGACACGUUCCGCAUCACAAAAGCAGACGCGGCAGAAUUUUGGAAGAGAUUUUUUGGGGAGAAGCCGAUCGUGCCGUGGAAAGUUUUCCGACAGUGCCUUCACGAAGUCCACCCAAUCAGCUCUGGGUUGGAGGCGAUGGCUCUUAAGUCCACUAUCGACCUGACCUGCAAUGACUACAUUUCUGUCUUCGAAUUCGACAUCUUCACCAGACUCUUCCAGCCCUGGGGCUCGAUCUUAAGGAACUGGAACUUCCUGGCUGUGACUCACCCAGGAUACAUGGCGUUCUUAACUUAUGAUGAGGUGAAGGCUCGGCUACACAAAUACAUCAACAAGCCUGGGAGCUAUAUCUUCAGACUGAGCUGUACUCGGCUGGGACAGUGGGCUAUCGGCUACUCCACCAACGAUGGGAACAUCCUCCAGACCAUUCCACACAACAAGCCCCUGUUCCAGGCUUUAAUCGAUGGGUGCAGGGAAGGGUUUUACUUGUACCCCGACGGCCGCAGUUAUAACCCUGAUUUGACUGGACUGUGUGAACCAACACCUCAUGAUCACAUAAAGGUCACACAGGAGCAGUACGAGUUGUACUGUGAGAUGGGCUCCACCUUCCAGCUGUGUAAAAUAUGCGCAGAGAACAACAAGGAUGUGAAGAUCGAGCCCUGCGGACAUCUCAUGUGCACUUCUUGUCUGACAGCGUGGCAGGAAUCAGACGGGCAAGGCUGUCCGUUUUGCCGCUGUGAAAUCAAGGGCACAGAACCGGUCAUUGUGGACCCUUUUGACCCACGAGACGACGGCGCCAAGUUCAGUUUUAUGGACACUUUCUGUUCCCCUAUGCUAGACCUGGACGAUGACGAUGACAAAGAAGAGUCCUUGAUGAUGAACCGGCUCGCUUCAGUCAGAAAGUUGACAGAGAGACAGAAUUCCCCUGUGACAUCACCAAACUCCUCCCCCGUGGCUCCGCGUAGGAAGGCCCCGCCCGAAACGCAGCAGAUCCAGCACCUCAGCCUCCCUCCCGUGCCUCCUCGACUGGACCUCAUCCAGAAAGGGGUGAUCCGCUCGCCCUGCGCCAGCCCCACCAGCUCUCCCAAGACUUCUCCGUUUAUGGCGAGGAAACAGGACAAGCCUCUCCCGGCGCCCCCACCUCCGCUGAGAGACCCCCCUCCUCCACCCCCGCCCGAGAGACCCCCCCCUAUCCCGCCAGAUGGACGGCCCGCUUGGCUCCCCCAAAUCCCUGCCAGCCUGCCCACCAGGGAGCCGCACGUGCCCCCCGAGGCCUGGUGCCCUCGAGACAGCAUGGGCCCGGUGCUGCACACAGACAGCCGACUCGCCGCAGACCGAUCACCCAAGCUGGGGCACACCGCACCCUCCCACCUUAACGGCAGAGCCGGCAACUUAACAGCUGACCAGGGAUUCGGCCGGCAGAUCCAGAGGCUCCUCGAGCUACCUCCAGACGGUGUCAAGCCUCUUUUCUCGAAUGGUCACCUUGGUAAUGAUGCAUAUGACGUCCCUCCGCCUCGACACUCGCCCCCUCCGCCUGCUGCCUGCAUCCAGCCCCUCAGCCACAAGUACCCCAAUCAUUUUACAAACCCCUGUACAGAAAAACCCAGAGGGCGGCUGGAAACCAGUGAAGACGAGUAUCAGAUCCCUUCAUCGCAUCCUGUUUCUCUCCCCUCGCAACCCUCUUCGUGCAUUACUGUCAGAAUCCCAAACAGGGUGCUUGAGAAUGAACAGAGCGCUAAUGGAACAUCUGACAACUCAUCAGAGGGAAAGAAGCACAAAUCUGUAGAGCUCGGUGAUCUUUUUGUCUUGUCUGCAGGCUCCAUUCCUACUAGACCUGCAAUGAGAGACAAGCAGAAGGCCGGCCCCUCUCUGAACAGGACCCCGUCAGACUACGACAUCCUGGUGCCUCCCUCAGGGGAGGAUCCGUUCGACAGCCCUCCUCCGUCGCUGCCCCCUCCACCCCCGCCAACCCGGCACAGCCUCACCGAGUACUCCUCUCCCAAACCCAGCGGCUCGGCCAGCCGGCCCUCCUCCAGUCAUGACCCCUUCCACCUCACCAACGAUAACUUCUUUGACAUGCUUGGCGGUCCUGUUCCCCAGCCCCCUGUGAGAAGGUCAACCGGAGACAACAUGAAACCUCCUCAUCGAAUAACACAGGAGUACGACCAGCUCCCACCAGCAGUCCCUGUAGACAGCGCCCAUGCACCAGCACGACCUCCCAAACCACUGCCCCGCAGGACCACACCCGAGCCACAUCACAGGAAGGCAUACAGCAACAAGACCGGCGAGGAAAACGUUGACGCCAAAAUCGCCAAACUGAUGGGGGAGGGCUACUCCUUCGAGGACGUGAAAAGGGCUCUGAUGAUCGCUCAGAAUAAAGUGGACGUGGCUCGGAACAUUUUGCGAGAGUUUGCCUGCUUUCCUGCAAUGUCUCCAAGACUGCAAAACCUGUAACGAUAAAAAAAAAAAACAGGCCGUGUACACCAAGCGAGACCCGGAAGGAGAUAUCGGACAUGCAGGGGAUUUAAGAUUCAGCAACAGGACUGUGCUCGGCAGGCAUCGACAGACAGUUGCAAUGGGGUGGCGGGGGGGGGGGGGGGGGGGAAGACGCAAACAAAAAAGCAGCUCUUUUAUCUGUGUUGCAGUGACUGGAGAAAUGCACAGCUAAUCGAUUUUAGCCAUAAUGAGAUGAAUCAGGGUUGAACUGACGAAAAAUUAAAAAGUUUACUUCUUGAAUGUUAAACCUGUGAAAAGCUUGUUUACAGUUUUUUAUUUUUUUUUUAUUUUUUUAGCCUUCAGGUUUGCUUGUGCUCUUUUUCACGAUGUUCCCUCUUCCCCUCGGGAGCGUUCAGUCCAGAUGCCAUGUUUCAGACCCCGUUCCUGAUCAUGCGCUUUUGCUGAUGGGGACUCUUGAGAAUUUGUGUCCUAUUUGCUAAAAGUUUGAUAUAAAAAAAAAAAAACCUGUUGGCAUCAUUUGUGUCUUGAAAAUGCUUUAAUGGACUGUGCGUUUCCUUUUAUCAAACUGAUGCAAAAAGAAAAGCAUGUGGCCUUCACUACUGAGUCAUUAUUUUUUUUCUGAGAAGAUUUCUUGAUAUGACCAAUUAAUUUCUGAAUGUACAGUGCAUUAUAUCUUUUGUGUGUGUCCGCGCGUGUGUUGACCUUUUGUAAGAUUCUGGGGUAGCUUUGUUUUUUUUUUAAUUCUUACUCGACGAUUUGCAGAAGACACAUCCUCUCGUGACUGAAAUGCAUGUCCAGUACUUUCAAAAGCUGCAUUGCAUUACAGUGCCGCACUGCGCAAAUCAUUUACAGUACUGAUUGUGAGGGGGUGAAACGAAACAAAAAAACAACUAAAAUAGGUGUUGCUUUUGACACUGUCCAGCCCACCAUGCUGGAAGAUCGAACUUCCUUCCUGCCUUGCCUGUGGCCAAAAGUUUUGCAUCACCUAGAAUUUUAGGAUUGACAUAAUUAAAUAA